UAUAGACCAAAUUACAGUAAAAAUAUUGCUUUCUGAGAGAAAAAAGUAGACAUGGUGAAGUUCUCCAAGCAGUUUAAAGCCCAGCUUGUCCCCGAGUGGAAGGAUGCUUUUGUAGACUACUGGCAGCUAAAAAAGGACCUCAAGAAAAUGCAAAUCCAUUGCUUCAACCAGAAUUUAGUGAACAAAUCACCAGAGGAAAAUCUUCCACAAAGACUCCUAUUAUCACCAGUAAAGAAACUAUCAUUAUUCAGCAGUGGUUGGGGUCACAAGAAUGAAACUAUUCAGGUUCACCGGAAGCUUAUGAGCACCGCGAGCAAUGGUGAUUUAUAUGAGACUGAGCUACUGGAUCAAUUUGAAGAGACAAAUGCUGCAAGAGAUUUCUUUGCAAGACUUGAUCUUCAGCUGAACAAAGUGAACCAAUUCUAUAAGGCGAAGGAGAAGGAGUUUGUCGAGAGGGGUGAGUCACUGAGAAAGCAAAUGGAGAUUCUUGUUCAUCUCAAGGCUGCAAUGAAGAAGCAGAGGGAGCAGGGCUGCUUGAAUCCCGACUCGAAGGAAGAUCAGUCAAUUUCGAGUUCUAUUUGUUUCGAGGAUGAGUCCAUUAAGGACACAACAGAUCAGGAACAAACUCAGGAGAGCUUGGCAUCAGACUGUGAGAAGAGUGAAGUUCAAUUCUGUGAUUCUCUCGAGGAGCAAGAUGAAUCAGGAAAUCUGGUGAAAGCCAAAAGAGCAGAAGAAGGUAAGCAUACAAGUCUCUCUGGAAGAAUCUUCAGCUGCCAGGGAAAGAAUCUCAAGAUAAACAUUCCCCUUACUACUCCCUCCAGAACUAUCUCAGCUCUUACCUACUUGGUCUGGGAGGACUUAGUUAACCAAUCCAAGAAAUGCAGACCGGAGAAAGCGAAGCUCCAUAUUAACAAGACAAAGCUCCACCGUGCAGAAAAGAUGAUUCGAGGGGCCUAUAUCGAACUCUUCAAAGGAUUAAGUUAUCUCAGGACAUAUAGGAACCUGAAUAUGUUGGCUUUUGUGAAGAUUUUGAAGAAGUUUGAUAAGGCGAUGGGAAAGCAAAUCCUUCCUAUAUACCUUAAAGUUGUUGAAAGUUCCUAUUUCAACAGUUCAGAUAAGGCUGUUAGAUUAAUGGAUGAGGUCGAGGAUCACUUUACCAAACACUUUGCUGAUGAUGAUAAGAGGAAGGCCAUAAAAUACCUCAAGCCAAACCAGCGAAAGGAAUCUCAUUCAGUGACUUUUUUCAUUGGACUCUUUACCGGAUGCUUCAUUGCACUUUUUAUCGGAUAUUGUAUCAUGGCACAUAUUGCUGGAAUGUACACAAGGCAAUCAGACACCAUUUACAUGGAAACAGUUUAUCCAGUUCUAAGUAUGUUUAGCCUAUUUUUCCUGCACCUUUUCCUCUAUGGGUGUAACAUCUACAUGUGGAGAAAGACAAGAAUCAACUAUAGUUUCAUAUUUGAGUUCGCCCCCACCAAAGAACUACAAUACAGAGAUGUUUUCCUGAUAUGUGCCACCUCAAUGACUAUAGUGGUGGGAAUUAUGUUUGCCCAUCUAUCCUGUACUUUGAAAGGCUAUAAUUCCACUCAAGUCCAAGCAAUCCCUGGAAUUUUGCUACUGAUGCUUACAGUUGUGCUUGUGUGUCCUUUCAACAUUAUAUAUCAAUCAAGCCGCUACCACUUUCUUAGAGUUAUCAGGAACAUUAUACUAUCUCCUUUUUAUAAGGUGGUCAUGGUAGAUUUCUUCAUGGCUGACCAAUUAUGCAGCCAGGUACCUAUGCUGAGGAACCUGGAAUAUGUAACCUGCUAUUAUGUCACUGGAAGCUAUAAAACACAAGAUUAUGGAUACUGCAUGAGUACUACAAAUUUCAGAGACUUAGCUUAUGUUGUAUCCUUCCUUCCCUACUACUGGAGAGCCAUGCAGUGUGCGAGGAGAUGGUUCGAUGAGGGAGAGAUAAGCCAUCUUGUGAAUCUAGGCAAGUAUGUGUCUGCAAUGCUUGCAGCAGGAGCUAAGGUAGCCUAUGAGAAGGAGAAAACUAUAGAGUGGUUAUCUCUUGUUGUCCUGAUGUCAAGCACAGCAACUGUGUACCAAUUGUACUGGGAUUUUGUAAAGGAUUGGGGACUGUUGCAACCAAAAUCAGAAAAUCCAUGGCUUAGGAAUGAGCUAAUUCUUCGUCGCAAGUUCAUAUAUUUCUUAUCGAUGGGACUUAACUUUAUACUGAGGUUAGCAUGGAUACAAUCAGUUCUGCAUUCGAACAUUGCUAAUUUGGAUUAUAGAGUGACUUCCUUCCUCCUGGCAGCUCUAGAAGUGAUUCGCCGUGGACAUUGGAAUUUCUAUAGGUUGGAGAAUGAACACCUUACCAAUGCUGGCAAGUUUCGAGCCGUGAAAACUGUGCCUUUACCAUUCCAUGAAGUAGACCUGGAUUGACACAUUCGAUGAAGGAAGAGCACUCUUGUAGUUUACCAGCCAUCAAUAAUUAAAUCUGGCAUGGUACACUUCAAAAAAAAAAAACAAAAAACAAAACCCCGACACUUGUGACAAGAAAACCAAUUCCUUUCAUAAUUGAAUUUUUAUUGGAUCAAGUAACAUAUUUUAUCAUAGUUGAUUCUAAGAAAUGGAAACUAUUACACAAUGAUUAAUUCAAGGUCCUUACUGAGAAGGUUUUCCUUGUAAAACAACUGCUAUGGAUUUUUGCCUACAUCUUCAGACAUUUUAAGUUGGAAGCUUCGUCUACUA